AUGGAGGAUUUGCUUCGAAUGCCCACUGAGAAGAAUUAUGAAGAAAUUGUAGACAACGACCAAGAAAAUGCGUUAAAGGCGUAUAUACUCCAAAAGAAAGUCCAAAAACUGUUAUUAAUAAUUGCAAUAUCUGUGACGGUUGCAAUUCCACUCUUUAUAAUUUUCCAUAUCACAACACGCCCGCAUUCAUUCACAUGUGAUUCAAAUAAUCGUCAGUUGUUCACAAAGUAUCUUCCUCCAAUUGAAGUCACCAACACAAGUAAGAUCAUGCCAAUGUACGGCGUCGUCACAUUUGUUGGUAACUUCAUCUCAAAAAGCGACUUCCCUGUUGAUAUCAAAGUGCAGUCCAUCAACGAAAAUGGCGAGGAAAUACACAACGGGUAUCUCUAUAACAUCACUUCAAUUUCCACACCAAGUGCGUCGUGCACAUCUGCGAAAGUAUAUAUGACUAAGUUUCAGCUCUGUAAUGUACUUCGAUUCACUUUGUUUACAACUCCAGACUUAACCCACCCCAUUCAAAACAAUUUGUACGACAGAGUAAGAUUUUUAAUUCGUUCUCCAGAAAGUAUUAACCACGACUUCUGUGAUUAUUACAUCGACUAUAUCCUCAUGAAUAACACACAACUCCAAACCAAUUCUCAUGUGGAAGAAAAAUGCGGCAUUGCCGAUCUCUCUGUUUUCUUUACAUUCACCGAUUCAGUCCAAACUAUCCUUCAAAAUAAAGUCAGUCUCAACUUUACAUGCAAAAGUGUACCAACACUCAUUGGGUGCGGCGUCGAAGAGAAUGUCGAGAGUCUCUAUUUGCCUUCGAGAAAUAUUACAUUUGUCUCGAGUAAGUACUUCUCUUCAAUAGAGAACCAAGUCUUCACACUCUUCUUCAAUGAGAUUAUUGAAGUGAUGGGAGAGGGCCCUGUCACGUUUUAUGUCAAGCAACUGAACAAGGCUAUCAACAUCUAUCCAUAUAUCAACGUCUUCAAUGAUUAG